AUGACGGACGGCUUUAUACUCCGAGACCUCCUACUGAGCUCCCAGUGCGCGGAGGAGGAGGAAGAGGAACGCAACAUAAAGUCCAAAAGAAAUAAACAAGUGACACGCCUCGGACUCACAAACACGACUUUACAAAGAAGAGGAACUGAUCUCAUAAUGGAGAAAGUCACAACAUUUGGCAUCGAUAGAAUCACUCGGGAUGUGGAGAAGGAAUCCUCGGGGGUUGGAUGUGGAUGGGGGGCCUCGAACCCAGCUCAGGAGUUUGAACUCUCUGAGCGUGGCUUCUCCGUGGUGGACCCGGGCCUCUGUGGCUUCCUGUCUAUACCCUGUGGACCUUUGUCACGAAACACAUUGGACUCCACUCAAAGAGACCAGCUCGAGUCAGGACGCAAACCUCACACCAGCCGCUUCCUCCAGCAGCGUGGAAACCGUUAG